AUUUGUUUACUUCUUGUCAAGUGACUCAUCUCAACAAAGAAGAACAAUACUUCAGUGUGCUGCUACCCUUGCACUGAGGACUUCUAAAAAUCCUUAUUACAUUCUGCCAUAGCGAAGUUUUAUAACUCAAUAUCUUGCCUGCACUGGCCUGGUAGGAACAGUGUCACAGAAUGAACAGCCGAGUACAACAGCUACUGGCUGAACUCGAAGAAGAGCGGGCAUUACGAGAAGAAGAACGGGCAUUACGAGAAAUUGCGGAAGCACAGGCGGAAAAGGAAAGAGGACUACGACAAGAGGAACAGCGACGACGCGAAGAGGAACAGCGACGACGCGAAGAAGCAGAGAGCCUUACUGCAGAUACCCAGCCUACCACAUUUCUGCCCUUCCUCCAUAACUGCCACAAGCUCUUACUCGCAAUCCGCAUCGUGACAGACCCAACAAGAACCACUCAGGGUAUUGUAACCAAGCCAGCUAAUCGGAGGGUUCCUUCGCGCAUCAUAAUAUGUGACAAGUUCUUUGCUAAGCAGGAGGCAGUCUGGAGGAUUCUCAAUGAUCAUCCAUUGUUUCUGAUGAAAAAGCAGUUUCCAUCAAAACAUCAGCUUGAGUAUGUUUGCAAGGUCCUCAGCCCGAUCACUGCAGAAUCAGAUCUUCGAUACUAUGAACGAGAGACAGUGGAGAACCAGGUUCGCAAUAUUGUUGACCAGAUCACUGAAGACAUAAGUCUCAAAGAGGCAUUUGGACUGCGAGGCUCAAUCACCUUUGACAGCCAUACAAAUGUAGGAUGUCCACAGGAGAGCUUGCUGAGUGGAGAGGGGAAGGACCUGUCAAUCAACUCAGAGACUGCACCAUCGGCCAAAGCUAAGAGUAGAGGUCAGAAGAAAAAGGAGCCCACCGCAGUCACAAGAGGGCAAGCGGAUCGCUUCUGUAUCUACCACCAGGAUGGUGAUGAUCACAUCCCCGCCAUCGCGAUCGAAUAUAAGGCGCCUCACAAACUCACGCAGGCUGAGAUGACUACAGGAUUGAGGGAAGAGAUCCGACCUGCCUGGGAUGUGAUCAAUCAGGAGUCUGAGGAUGUUAUCUUCUGCUGUAGAAGACUUGUCGCUGCAGUCAUCACCCAGCUCUUCUCCUACAUGGUGCAGAAACGUGUACGAUACGGCUAUGUCUGCACUGGAGAAGCCUUCAUCUUUGUGUACAUCUCAGAUGAUCCAUCUUCAGUUCAGUGUGCGCUUUGCAUACCGGGUCGGGAUGUCAAGGGGACCGAUGAUGAUGAUCUUCAGGGGACAGCUGUCGCGCAGGUCCUGGCAUUCACCAUCAGAGCAUUGACCUCACCACCAGUUUCCCAGCAGUGGAGUGAUGCUGCUGAUGAGCUUGAUGUCUGGCCUGUGGAGUAUUCCGACAUCCUAGACCAGACUCCACCUGCCGCUCGCCUGAAACAUGCCUCUCCAUUAUACCACGGCAGACGCUCUCACAACCUUUCUCCCUUCAGAAUGACACUGCGAUCCGGAUGUCGGCCCUCUGAAAACAAACGCCGAGCGACAAGCUCCCCCUCGCCGUCUCCUCCCCCAUCCCCUUCCCUUACACCGCACUCCGGGCCCCGUGGCCGAGCCAGAAGAGGAGGUCACAUCCAGUCUGCAAAGCCCAGAGAGACUCCAGGACAUGGGGAGGGCACCCAGCGGAUGCCCAAUGCUAUUGAGACCUUGACCAUCAAGACUCGCCCAUACUGCUCUCAGCGAUGUCUCCUCGCGCUUAGGGACAACACCCCUCUUGAUCCCACGUGCUCCAACUACGAGGUUCACAGGAAGCACCGGAUCAAGGCAGGCGAAUUCCGUGCUCUUGUCCAGAAGCAACUUGCCACAGAUCGUGGCCCAGAUGCUGACUGCUGUCCACUCUACAAGGCAGGAAGUUGCGGCACACUGCUCAAAGUGAGACUUUCAUCGCAUGGGUACACCUUGGUCGCCAAGGCCGUGGAAUCCAAGAAUAAAGAUAAACUCCAGCAUGAAAGGAAGGUCUACAAUCAGCUCCGAGACCUUCAAGGCGAAUGCAUCCCAGUCUGCCUUGGUGUUGUCAAAUUGGAGCCAAAGCGCCCCUAUUACCAUGAAGAAAAAAUCCACACCCAUAUUUUACUUCUGAGUUGGGCGGGAGAAUCAAUCGAAAAAGCUGGAACGCUUAGCCCCGCGAAUAAACGGUCCACAGUAUGCCGUGCCCUUCAAGCCAUUCACUCGAGGGGGAUUCUCCAUGGCGACGCGGAGCCGCGAAAUAUACUAUGGGACCAGGCCUGCGAACGUGUGAGGGUGGUUGAUUUUGAACUGGCCACUAUACAGCAGCCUCUCUCCGAUGCGUCCACCAACAUUGUAAGAAAGAGAAAAGUGAUGUCAACUUGUUUCAGCAAAGAGCUUCAACACAUUGAGACUGUCUUUGAGAUACAAGACUUGAAAUGACCGAUUCAUUGAACUUGUGAUCAAUAAUUUCCUAAUUUCCUUUCUUGACAUUGUAAUUCUCGUGCCUGUACUGCACAUUUUUUUUUUUUUUUAAUUUUUGUUUCACUAAUUUCACUACACCUGUAAUGAAGUGGAAGGGUAUUUCUAGCCUAAGAGAGCUCCUUGCUUGAGCAUGCUGUCUACCUACUCUUCUUAUCUCAUAAACUUCUUUGUUCAGACACGCUUCAAUCUGAGUCUCAUUCAUGCUUACUUCUGAUCGCACUGCCAAGACACAAAAUUUCUCAAUGACAUCAUUGUACAUAAUUCUGAAAUCUAGGAAUAGAAACUGACUCACGAUUAAAAAUGCAUCAGUCUUUUCAAAUCACAACAAACAGAAACAUAGCUGCUAGCAUCAACAUAUAAAAUAGUGAGUGACAGAGAGUAGUGUCAAGCUUAAUAGAAAGUUCGUGGAAAGCUACAAGAGACAAUCUGGAAAACAUAAUAGUGUAGAAACAAAUCAUAUCAGAUAUUAUUUAAAACUUCUCCCUCAAUCAUACAAGCAUUUUGACCCCAUCGCCGACCGCAUACCCCGUGUGGUGGUGGAGUUAUCCAAACAUGAACCAGACGUUGUUCGAAACUCCUGUGUGGGAUUAUCCCCCAUUCACCCCUACCACACCACAACCCCGGGCCAAAUUGCCAUACAAAUUGUAAGGUGAAGAGACCGAGCCAUAUGCGCCAAUCUUCUUGAUUUUGGAAGAUCCCUGAUCUGUAAUUGUGAAGAUAUCUGAGAAGCAACCUCCGCGAAAACCCUGUCCAUCUUUGAUGUUUCAAAACAUCAACACCAAGUCCCACCCUCGUACCGCCCUUCCCAACCUGGCCCAUCCCCAGCAGAAAAAUACAAAAAGAUACCUCGGCAAUAAUAUCAAGCACAUAAUCAACAGACACAUCUGAAGUGCAACCUCCGCGAAAACCCUGUCUGUCUUCAGUGUAUCAAGACAUCAACACCAAGUUUCACCCUUGUACCGCCCCUCUCAAUCUGGCCCAUCCCCGGCAGAAAAAUACAAAAAGAUACCUUGGCAACAGUAUUUGAUACAUAAUCAGUGGACAACGAGUCAACAGCACAUCAACAACUAUAAAAUCAGUAUAUCUCAAGGUCUGACUGAGUCUUUGAUCUCUGCACAGUGAGAUAUAUUAAAUCUAGUUUUAAUACCUUAAUAUUCAAUAGAUUCUGCAAGGGAUUGAGAACAGUAACACUAGAUUUCUAUUGAAUUUGAGAAUUAACUUGUGACGGGCUGCGUCUGAUCAAUCAUAUUACACUCCACAGAUUCCUACUGAGGCUCUGAUUCUCGGUCGCUGAUUCUCUGCUGAAGCUCCGAUUCUCAGUCGCUGAUUCUCAGCUGAAAACCUACAGAAUUUCUAUUCUUCUGCUCUGAAGCUUCACUGUGUAUAUUAACAUAUGUGUAUAAAUAUUCACUCUGAUUGCUAAUUCUCACACUUUCUCUUUUCUUUUCUUCUUUAAUGUUUUUCACUUUGUUAUAUAAGACUUAUAAAUGUCAUAC